UAAAAAUAGUAGAGCGAAAGACAAGCUUGCUGUCCCAAUAUCUCUCUAGAAGACAGUGUGUUCCUCGGCAAGCCACAACAAAUUGCUUUGCUUUUCAAACAAAAAUAAAGAGAAUAAUGUAUGAUUUCUUCUUUUUUCACUAAUAGGCAAACGCCAAAAACAGCUGUUGCUAAGAUCUGAAUGCAUUAAGGUCAUAGGUCAGAGUCUCAUCAUGGUGCGCAAUGUGGACGAUCUAGACUUCUGCCUCUCUUCCCAUCCACAGAGCAUCUUAGAUGGACUGCGCUCUCUCUGUUCUCAACCUAAAUUUGUGGAUGUCACCCUGAGUGCCGGUGGGCGGGAUUUUCCCUGCCACCGCAGCAUCCUCGCUAUCUGCAGCCAUUAUUUCCGUUCCAUGUUCUCUGGAGAUUUUGUGGAGAGCAUUGCUGCUCGCGUAGAGCUUCACGAUGUAGAUCCAAAUGUGUUGUCGACCCUGCUGGACUUUGCCUACACAGGAAAACUCACAAUUAAUAAAAAUAAUGUGGAGGGACUUAUUUGUACUUCCAGCCAGCUCCAGUUCCAUACCGUUCGUACUGUAUGCACCAGAUAUCUGCAGCACCAGAUUGAUGCCUCAAACUGCUUGGGAAUUCAUGAAUUCGGAGAGAUCCAUGGCUGCCCUGAAGUUGUUGCCAAAGCCUGGAGCUUCCUCCUAGAGAAUUUUGAGGCUGUGAAACAACAUGAGGAGUUUUUGCUGAUGGAGAAAGACAGGCUGGUUGCCUGCUUGAAUGACGAGGAUCUGAAAAUAAGAGAUGACUGUUCUUGUGUUGAGGCGGUUUUGGCCUGGGUCAGGCAUCAUAGGGAAAGUCGGAUACAUUACCUGCGAGAACUCUUGAGCUUGGCUAAACUCACUCUACUCUCACAAUCUUUUCUCACAAAGAAUUUGCUUGAAGAGCCACUGGUACAGGACUCGAUAGAUUCCAAAGAGUUGGUAGAGAGAAUAUGUAAAGAGAAACAAGAAAUGACAGAUGACAAAUCAGGGCAGAGAGUUGCUCAGAAUUGCCUCAACCUGCAGGAGGUUUUAUUUGUAAUGGGUGGUCGCUCACUGGAUGACACGGAUGAUGAGGAUGAAGAUGAUGAAAAUAAUGAAAGGUUGCAGCCUAGAAACUGUGGUUUCUAUAACCCAAAGCUUGGGCAGUGGUAUCAGCUACCAGAUUUUCCCAACUACAAUAAAUGGGGUUAUUCUAUUGUAUCUUUAAACAACAACGUAUAUGUCACAGGAGGAUCAAGAGGGUCUCAGACGAACACUUGGUCCACCACAGAGACCUGGAAGUAUAUCACUCGCCAAGGAAAGUGGAUCACAGUUGCACCAAUGUUGCGACCCAGGACUAACCACUCCUCCGCUACUCUCAAUGGAGAGAUUUAUGUAAUGGGGGGAACUACAAUGGAUUGUGUGGAGGUUGAACAUUAUGACCCUUUCAGUAAUUGCUGGACUCUCACUGGCCCAGCCCUGAAGUAUGUGACUAACUUUACAUCCACCUCAUGUAAUGGGAAGCUAUACCUCAUUGGCUCUUGUGCUGUUAAAUAUAAUGCCCUAACUAUGCAGUGCUACAACCCUGUCAUAGAUAGCUGGAGUAUCAUCUGUUCACCUUAUAUUCCCAAAUAUCUCUCAUCUCCUCGCUCUGUCUCUAUGGAUGGAGUCAUUUACCUUGUAGCAGACAACACCAAAAAAGUUUAUCUGUAUGACCCCGACAGUAAUAUGUGGGAAAAAAUUCAAUACCUACACACUCUUCAUGAAAAUGGGGACUUGGUGGUUCUAGGUAGGAAACUGUAUGUGACUGGUGGGCACUGGAAGGGCAUGGAAGGGGAUUACGGUGUGGAGGUGGAAAUAUACAACCGAGCAUCCAAUACUUGGAAGGUGGAAUGCUUCCUUCCCAGGCUCUGGACCUACAGUGGCUAUUGUUCAAUCUUUCUGGACACUUCCCAGUGGACUGAACUCUUCCCUGAUGAGACUUAGGGUCUUCUAUCAUCUGCCUUAAAACUGUUUGAGGACUGUUUCGCAUUUUCCAACUGUAUGUUGGUGAUUAUCUUUUAACAUAUAAAAAGCUUACUGCAUAAAAUAAAAACUAUAAAACAAUUUUUGUAUUUGAUGUAUUUAAAAUUUUGUAGGCUAUGUAUUUUUAGAAUGUGUAUUAAGAUAAUUAUUUUUUUUCUCUCUAAUUGGUGCUUUGCCCAGGCAGCAGGUCAUUUAUCCCUUUACUCUCUGGCCAGUAAAACUUUAAAGUAAGUUGUCUUUAGUUUUUUGUUUUUAAUUAUGUUGCCAUGUAGUAGCACACCACCAAGAUGUUUUUUUUAAUUGUCAAGGGAUAGUUUACCUAAAAAACAAAAGCUUUGUCAUUACUUACUCACCCUCAUCGUUUGACCCCCAAUAUCUUUCUUCUUUUUUUUUAAACAAAAUUCAGAUAAAAAAGGUUUUAUUUUUACUAUGGGAGUCGAUGGUUGACCUCCUAUUCAAGUUUUAAAUGUACCCAAAAGUGUUAAACACAAUUCCACUCGACUCGUGCUAUAUAUUUUAAGUGUCUGAAUGGGGGUACAAAAGGGUUUGGUAA